GAUCCCGGAGAAGCCCUUAGAUGGAUGGAGAAUAUGGGGAUCGACCCCAUGAAGAAGCUGCCACCCCACAACUCCUUCGUAUGCAUCCAGCAUUUCGAACCCGAAGUAGUGGGUGGAAAAUGCCUGAGGAAGGGUGCCCUUCCAACGCUCAACUUGGACUCAAAAAUUUUUUGUUUGUUUGACUAUUGCCAUCUUAUAAAGUCCGUUCGCAAUACGUUGCUAAAGUACGAUAUCCAAACUUCUGAUGGCAUAGCCAGUUUUAAAGUAAUUAGAAAGUUGUACGCCAUUGAUAAGGAAAAUCCUCAUUUUAAAAUUUGCCCUAAAUUAACGGAAGCCCACGUCUAUCCUGCAUUCUUUGAAAAAAUGAGUGUUUCGCGCGCGACCCAAGUGCUGAGCAAUUCGGUAGCGGCGGGCAUUGGUAUGGCCUAUAGCCAAAAUUUACUAGGCAACGACCAAUAUGUGGUAAAUUGCGCUAAGCCCACACAGAUUUUCGUCAAGAAAAUGAACGAUCUUUUUGACGAACUCGACGUAAAACAUUUUUCAACGAACAAUCCGUUAAGAAGUCCAAUACGGCGCGGGGACACGGGAAAAAUUGAACGAUUGAACGGGUAUAUUAAGUAUCUUGAUUCAUUUAAAUUUCCUAAUAACUCGGGUUCACUAAUUAAAUGUAUUAACGGUUUCCGCCUUACUAUUUUGGCGAUGCAGCAACUUUCUGAAGAAAUUUUCGAUCAGCACGCUAACUUAAAUUUUAUUUUUCUCGGUAAAAUGAAUCAGGAUGCUUUGGAAAAUUUUUUUUAUAGAAUUCGCGCUAGCCAAGGUAUUAAUACCCAUCCGUCUGCACAUGACGUUCAAUAUAUUGUCGAGCGGUUGAUCUCCAUGAAAAUACUUCGUCAACGAUUCGAAAAUAAGGGAACCAAUUGCGAAGAUGACGAUGAUAUAAAUUUAGACUGGGAUUUAUGUCCAGAAGAUCGUCAUCUUGAAGAAACAUGCAACGAAACGCAAUGUGAGGAGCUCGCGGUAGAUGAAAUAGAUAUAGAUGACGAGAAUUUCGUUGAACAAGAAGCUGAGGUACAGGUGCAGCGCUAUUACGUAGGCUAUGGUAUAUACCAAAAAUUGCUGCGUAACCUUAAUUGCGACAUAUGCGCCUCCUCCAUGACAAAAUCGCAGGAGGAUUUGAAGUUACAUUCGGAGGCCCUUAUAAAAGCAAAAAAUUAUAAGGGUGACAACGAUCUGAGACUUGUCAAUCCCGAAGAUAACCUUUUCGAG